AGCGAAGCUGUGUUUUUGAAAUUAGUGGAGGCAGGGUUGAAAUUAGAGGAAUGAGGUUACGAAGCUUCGAAAAGCUCGGGCAACAUCCGGGUACCCGGGGCCUUUGCGCUGAGGCACGCCUUGAGAUUGCCUUUUAGUAUCCGUAGCCAUGUUGAAGUGCGGAAUGAGCGGAACUCAGGUGAAAGUGUUUGGGAAAGCAAUCCAAGCUCUAUCAAGAGUGAGUGAUGAGCUGUGGCUAGACCCAUCGGAAAAAGGUCUUGCUCUAAGAUCUUUAAAUUCUUCUUCGUCGGCAUGUGGAUAUGUCCUGUUCUCGUCAGUGUUUUUUGAACAUUAUCAAUGGUCAGCCUCAAAAGAAAUGAAUGACGAUGGCAGAUCGUUGUAUUUAAAUUGCAAAUUGGGAAUGAAGUCAAUUCUACCCAUCUUUAGAUGUGUAAAUUCAUUCGAAAGAUAUGUAGAGAAGUGCAAAAUAUUCACCACAUCUGACAAGUGCAAAGUUGUUAUUCAGUUCUUCUGCAGACAUGGUAUUAAAAAAACUCAUAAUGUGUGUUUCCAAGAAAGUUCGCCUUUGCAAGUUAAUUUUGAAAAGAAAAUGUGUUGUAAUACUCUAAUGAUUCAACCAAGAUUGCUGGCUGAGGCAAUGGUUCUUUUUUCAUCAAAUGAGGAUGUUACUCUUGCUGUUUCUCCCCUGAAUUUAUGCCUCAAGAGUGCUCAUGGGGAAUUGGCGGCAGAUUUGACCAAUUCUGUGUAUAGUGAGAUGCUUGUUGGCCCAGAUGAGUUUGACUUCUUUCAGGUUGGUUUGGAUACUGAAAUAACAUUUUGCUGUAAAGAAUUGAAGGGAAUGCUGAUAUUUUCAGAAGCUGUACAUGUUCCUAUGUCCAUUCAUUUUGAUUUUCCUGGGAAACCUGUGGCUCUGAGUAUUGUUGAUAUGCUACUGGAAGCUAACUUCAUUUUGGCUACUUUAGCUGGUAACUCAAGCAGGUCAUGUUCCCCUCAAUCACUGUGUCUUUCGCAAGCAGGAAAAAGGUCAGAUUGGCGACAGUUGAAUUCAAAGGCUGGCCAAAGGGGAAUGCACAAGCCCCCAGAGUGUAUCUCAAGAAAAACAACACCCAAAAGGCUUUGUCCUCAGGGGACUCCCGUGAAGAACUCAGCAGCGGAAGACCAUGGCAGCCCCCAGCUGAAAAAGGCCAACCUGGACAAUAUUCAUGAGGUGCCCAGAAGCAGUGUCGGAGACACUGAAGAGGAGCCGAACUCUUUUUCCCGCAGGAAGGUCUGAAGACUGGGCUAAAAUGAAGGUGUUGGAAGAACUGUGCUCCUCCCAGUUUUCUUCCAUGUUCUUUGGAGCAGUUUCUUCUGACCAGCAAGAACACCUCAACCAGCCUUUUGCCAGUCUGGCCAUGGCAAGUGACAGUGAAGAUGACUGACCCGCCUACACCUGAAGCACACAUUUUCACACUUAGUGUGUAAGAGUUUCCCAGACUUCCCUAACAUGAAGAGCCUCUACUUGUCUAAACGACAUCGUCUUGUACAUGACUCAAUCUAGAAAUAGCUGCUUGUCAAGUGUAUAAAAUUUUAAAUUAUUGUUACUUGAAGGCACAAGUUUUCUGUGUAGGAAAAAAGCCUACUUGAGUUCUUCAGUUUGUGCAUGUUCACCCUGGAGUCUUCAGCUCUCUGCCAGUAUUAUAAAAGGAAACCUUUGGCAGCCAUUUGCAGAGCAGAAUGGCUUGAAAUAAUUUUACCAUUAGUAGUCAGGUUAUCUUCUGUAUUUGAUUGCAAACGUUUGGAUUUUGGAGCUUUCAGAAACAGCAAACUUAUGCAACCUUUUCUUGUAUAAUAUGACUUUUUGGGUUUUUUAAAAAAAUAUUUUUUAAAUAAAGUAACCCCUGGAA